AUGAACGGUUCCAUUCUUGUCCUCGCAGCCCUCUUCGAAAUAUCCCUCACCGGAACCAACGCAAACCUCCUAGACCCCCUCUCCACUCCUCUCCACGCCAUCACAAAACCAGACAGCUCAACCACCACUGGCCCACUCUCCUUCUCCAACAUCACGAAUUUCUUCAACACCGUUUCCCUAUUCAAAUAUACGGGAUCGUUGACGACACCUCCGUGCACUGACGGCGUCAUUUUCCUCGUCGCGAAUACUUUCCUGCCGAUUAGCCCGAAAGCGUUUUUGGAGUUUAAGAGUGUGUUGAAGUUUAAUGCGAGAUAUGUGCAGAAUGCGCCGGGGGAGAAGAAUUUGAUUGAAGUGGCUGCGGGUCAGUUGCCAAAGUAG